GGGCGGUGCUCCUGAAAAGUCUUGCUGCGGCGUCUUAGAAGAAAAAAAAAAUCCCUCUGCUUUAUUGCUUUUUGCAUUGUUUGUAUACAAUCUUUAUAAAAUGAACAAAAUAUUUAGGCUGACAGCUACAUCUCUUCGGGCGAUGACGUCGCUUUACAGGUCAAAUCAAAACAAUGGGCAGUUUCUUUAUAUUUCGCCCCGUCGAAUGUGUACAGCAGAAAAUCAUAACAGCCUUGCUGAGAUGGUGAAGAAGGACAGAGUUGUAGUGUUUAUGAAAGGGACUCCGCAGCAGCCUAUGUGUGGCUUUAGCAACGCUGUGGUCCAGAUCCUUAGAAUGCAUGGAGUAAAUAAUUAUGCCGCCUACAACGUUCUGGAGGACCAAGACCUUAGACAAGGAGUGAAGACGUUCUCCAACUGGCCAACAAUUCCUCAGGUGUUCUUCAAUGGAGAGUUUGUUGGGGGCUGUGACAUUCUCCUACAGAUGCAUCAAAGUGGUGACUUGGUUGAGGAACUUGAGAAGUUGGGCAUCAGAUCUGCACUUCUGGACAAAGAAAAGGAGUCUAAGUAGAUGUCUUUAUCAGUUGUGGAUGUAUGAGUUAAAGUGCUUCAAAUGUGUUUAUAGAAGCUGGGUUUGAUGACUUACUGAAGACCAAACUGUACCCAAAUUCUCAGAACAUUGCACACAGAUGUGCACUGUAUUACACAAUAAUUUUCUUAUGUUGUGUAUACCUUUAUAUUCAUAACACUCAUGUAGUACCCAACAUAUAUUUAAAAUUAUAUAUAUUUGAAAAUGUAUGAAAUGUAGUUUUGGAGUCAUACUUUGUCAAUAAAAUAUUGAAGCAUAUAUUGUAUAGCCUAUGA